AGGUGGCAUAAUAGUGUCUAUCUUCACGUUGUUUUUAGCUCUGCUACUGAGGGUGAUUUAAUUGUUAUUGUUAGCAGGCUGAUUCUUCAGCAAACACAGCGAAAGUGCAUUGAGACACGCAUCAAAUACGUGACAGAAAAGCACCUUCACACGCGAACAACGAGAAAUAAAGCAGAUGUUGUGAGUAUUUUGGGGUGACAGUCGCUCUCUGUGUCUGAACCGGUGGAAAUAUGAAUGAUGCGGAUGCAGCCUCAAGAAAGCGCGCGAGCUCCCGAGAGCUCCAGACUCCCAAGAACGAGGAUGCCUAUGAAAUCCCCAUUCCCUUUGAAGACAACAACUUUGAUCAGCAGGGAGGCUUCUACAACCAGAAUGACCACAACUUUGACGGAAGUGAUCCGCCAGCACAGAGCAGCUCGUACCUGUUAAUCAAUAACCUGCGCACACAACUACAGAUCUCACUGGAGAAGAAUUCAUGGCUGCAGAAACGCAUUGAGGACCUGGAGGAGGAGAGGGACUUCUUGCGCUGCCAGCUCGAUCGGUUCAUCUUCUCAACCAAGAGUCAGGAAAGCAAUGGUAAUGAUUCCAGGAGUUUUUCUUGGAGAAGGACACGAGAAAAUGAUCGCGAUCAACAAGUGGAGAACCAGCGUUCGUCCAACCGUCAAUCAUUCCAGCAGAGGCCAACCCAACAGACCUCAACCAAUCCCAAGGCCCUGAGCUCUGUUCCUGGUCCAGUCAGUGCUCAGAUAAAUUCCUUGUAUGGAUCUCCCCACCCUCAGCCUCUUCUGCAGGGCCACGGUGGCGGCAGCACCAGCAGCAGCAAGAACAGGUCCCUCAAUGAACUGCAAGAAUCCCUCACUCUUCUGGGAGACGAAGAAGAGGAUGACUACCUCGAGGAUAGCUACCUAGAGGAAGAGGAAAUGAUGUCUCGAGAAGAUGUGAUCACAGAGAACAUGUCGCUUGGGAACAUUGGCACAGCUGGAAGACCCACCGGCAGUCAUCCAGCUCUGAAGAGAAGAAGGGUUUUCAGAAUCGCCAGAGGGAGAGAAAGACAGAGAGUGAAAGACGCAGCGGGUGUGCUGUUCCGCUACAAAAAGAUCCUGGUAACAUACCAGAGGUUUAAGAACAUGUCCAAGGCCUUCCAGAUCCACGGUGUAGAUCGUAAUACGGUGGCCUCUACCACACCCAUCGCUGAGCUUCUGCUGGUGGCUCCAGAGAAGGUGGCUGAGGUGGGCGAGUUUGACCCGUCUAAGGAAAAGCUUCUAGACUACGCCCGGCGGUGUUAUAUCGCCCUCGACCCACAGACACUCAGCAAAGUGCAAGCCCUGAAGAAGAACAACCUCCUCCUUCCCAUCUCCUACAGGUUGAAAGGAACGGAUAAUCGAUAAUAGGAAGAUUUAGCAGGGUGAUUCUUAUCCUGCUACUAUACAGUGGAACCCUUCACUGUAUUUUAAUGUACCAUAGGACACACAUCUCCCAUCUCAACAUUCACAUUGUUCUGUUCAGAUAUGUUGUACUCGGAUCCAAGUGUAUUAUCACUCACUCAUGAAACUGGACGCUCAAAGCUGCGGGUGGGUUGCACACUUUUGCUUUCAGGUUUGGUAUUUUAAAACAGAAGUUAGUUCUCAAACCCAUUUUACACCAUUCUUUCAUAACAGACUUUUUAGUAUCCCCCAAUUGUUGCUAUGGUUAAAGCUCAAGAAUUUCCCCUUUAGUUAUGAUAUUCUCUGCUGGGUCAUUAGAUCCUCUCCGUUGUCCCAAGUGUGUGUCCUGGUUCUCCGUAUCUCAUAGCACUUACUUGACAGAGUGAAAGACUUUUGAAAUGUAGGUUCUUCUAAAAAGUGGUGCAUGCAUAGACCCAUGCACUCCUCCUAUUUUAACACUGUGCUACUCUUCGCAAGCGGCACCUUUACGUUCCCAUUUGAACCUCUUUGGAUGUGAUUUGUGGAGUGUUCGUGCAUGUGUCUCCCUUAAUAAUGGCCUGUCUCCUAUUAGAUGACACUGACUGUUCAGCAUGUGCAAAGUUUAUAUAGUGAUAUAAUACAUGUUAAAACAGUUGGUAAUAGUACUAGUCUAGUACAGCAUAGUGCAGAUGUUAAUGUUGUGUGAGGGAGUGAGUGCAGAGAUGUUCCUGUUCUACCUGGUGCUGAAGUACUCAUGAGUGUGUGUGUGUGUGUGUGUCUCUGUUUUUGUUUGUCAAAUUCACUUUGUGUGUGUGGGUGCAUGUUGGGUGUUUGUUAAUGUGCAGCGAGAUUAGACUGUUCAUGGCUCCUUUAAGCACAUUUUGAAUCCUCCAAGUGGUUAAUAAAAAAACAGCAGGUUUCUCUUUACAUCGCAAUCUUCUUCCUCACCAUCAGAUCAAGUUUGUGGGAACACUACGAAAAGUUUCAGUUUGUUAACAGUUAAUACAUUAGAUGUCAUAAACUAAAAUGAACAGCAUUACUAUUGUUCAGUUUUGAUUUACUCCCAUUUAUACCCUAGUGAAAAAUAAAUGUACUUAAAUGUAUCUAAAAUACAUUUAUUUAAUGCUAAGUAUACUAAAUAUACUUGUACUUAUUUUAUAAACUAAAUAAAAAAUAUCCUGCAAUUGUACUUACGGUGACUUAAAAAAUGUUUUUAUGUUAGUAAGUCUCGAACAAUAUGUCAGUAAAUAUGUUAAUAGAUUUGAACUGUACUAAGAAUAUCACCUUUUACUAGGGUAAUGCAUUAUUUAUAAAACUUGAUAUUCUAAUUUUUUUUUAGUUUAUGUAGAAAUGAACACUAAUCUAAAAUAAUUGCUACCUAAUACAUUAACUAAUGUUAACAAAUUGAACCUAAUUGUGAAGUGUCACUGUAUUUGCAUUAUCUUGCACUUUUUAAUGUCAUUUUCCUGUCUGCUACCAUUGAUUUAAGGGUCUGGGCUUAAGUAUAUAUCAGUUUCACCUCAGGAACCAAUCAUUCGCGAAUAUUUCAAGUACAGUUUAGUUGAUCAUAAAAUCAUUUUCCGCUGUUGUGUUUGAGAAGCUGUUUAUAUAGUCUGGUCUUUUCUGUUAUACUUUCAUGAAAUGUUCAUUGAUUCUUUGUAUUGUGAAUCACACUAAACCAUUUGAUUUCCUACUGAA